AUGUCUACCUACGAAAAGGCUGGGAUAACCCAUAUUCAUGGCUACGAGACCAGUCGAACCUAUGCCGAAUCUCCGUUUCCAUAUACGUCGCCCACAAAUCCCUCGCAGCCCCAGGGCCAACCUCCCAUAUCUGCAGCAGAGUUUUCGGAAUCCACGCACACAACACCAAUGGCCUAUCUCUCCCAUCAAGCUCGCUCACCGUACGAUCAUGUCACAAAUUCUUAUCUCAAUGUUGGCUCAAACAACCUACAGGUGACAUCAUACUCACCUAUGAGGGGCCCUGAAGGCUCAAAGGUGUACGUCCAAAUAACUUCGUUGACUGACUUUACGACCACCGAGCUCCCGUCCUAUUCCAUGAACUUUGGCUCGAGGAAAUGUGCUACAGCCGUUCACAAGUUAGGGCAAAAGGGCGCAAUGUCCUCAUAUUCGAUAACUUCCGAAGCCCCUAUCUUCUCGUCUACUGGAUGGCAAGUUCCAAAAGUUUCAUUAUCAGUAAAUGUUGAGAAUAGAAAUGGCGACGUGGUGGCCAAAGUUAUGGUUGGAGAUUUCGAAUAUGUCGACAGCGAAUUUCCUAAUGUUAGCAGUAACAGGAUAAGUCAAGACCUGCCUAGGAAGAGAAAAAUAUCCACGGAUUCUCCAGUAAUGAUGAAUAUACCUGAGAGGAGAACUUCGAGUCAGCAGUUAAGAUCAAAGGAAGAGUUUAACUACCAGUACUCUCAAAGCGAGGUGCCAUCUUAUUCGUACAUGCAAUCAUCAAAUUUUUAUGGGCCACUUCCACCAUCAUACAAUCGUCCGGCUGGAAGUUACCAAGGGCAAGCUCCAUCCAGGAAUAUGCAAUACGACUGCUCGGGCUCUACAUCGACGGUUACAUCACCAAAAUCCAAUGCACAGUCCCCUCACUCGGAAAACUGGAUCUCUUCUCCGAAUAUGAGUUCCAACAUAUCGCAAAGCUCUGGGAUCUCUCCCCCAACUACGGCUAAUCACCAUCAAUCACUAUCGGCAACAUCUUCACCCUCUGUAUUGGCGAAUCCUCCUUUGUUCAGAACUUCUACCAUGCAACAGAGCUCGAACCCAGCAGCAUCUGCGCGUAAUGGGCACUGCAAUCAACCAUUCAAUGCCUACGCUAUUUAUCCUCACAAGGCAAAAUUAGAGAUUAUGGGUGAUUUGGGCACUAUGGCUCAAAACUGGGCCGAGGUAGAGCUUGAAGCUCGAAGACGUCUAGUUCUAUUCAAACGAUCGCAAUCUGGAAGCACUAUUACUGCUACCUUUCACCCCACAAGUCCAGAGGAACGUCCGCAAGACAGCAUUUGUGUUAGCUGUAUUUACUGGCAAGAAAAGAAGGAGUGUUUUGUCACGAGUGUCGAUACAAUAUAUCUCCUACAAAAGCUUGUGGCGGCCCAGUUUACAGUAGAGGAGAAAAAUAGAAUACGAAGGAACCUAGAGGGGUUUCGGCCUCUAACCGUCUCAAAAGGAAAAUCCGACAGUGAAGAGUUUUUCAAAGUUAUUAUGGCGUUCCCAAACCCUAAACCGCGAAAUAUCGAAAAAGAUGUUAAGGUCUUUCAUUGGCAUGAUUUGUGCGGUGCUUUGAAGAAGAUUAUUGGCAAAUAUUCAGCUAGUCCAUCUUCGACCGUGCCUCCAGUGCCGCCUCUUCUCACAACAGCCAACCUCAAUGGCUAUGCUAACAAUAGUUCUUCGAGUAAUCUAUAUGCCCAUGACAACAAUCGGACGACACCUCCAUCGCUCCCAAACACAGUCACAUCGACAGGCUACCCAAUUCGCGUUCUUUCCCCCAACAACCACGAAAAAGCUUUGUCUAUGCCCUUGUCCGUGAUUCAAAGUGGAAGUCACUCCGAUUUAAGGAUGGCGCACAUGUCAAGUGUUCACGACACCAAUAAUCCCAAUCAGUGGCAGAACGCACCUCAGCACAUGCCAUCGGGGCAGAUGCAAGUACAACGAUCCCAAAAUAUUUACCCACGCAGCUCAUGGGACAUGGGAAACUAUCUCGAUCCAAACAGCUAUGUCCUCCCCCAUAUAUCUGGAAUCGCAAAUAUAGGCAACCCUCCCAUACCUGCUUACACAACCUCAAAAAAUGUGGUUGAGUCAAACCAAUCUGAUCCCCGGCCCCUUUCUCUUACUUUGAAAAUGCCACGCUCGUGA